CUACCAAUUACACCCUUUGUAUGAGCCAGAAUUCAAAGAAAUUAUUUUUCUUUUCACCGCAUCAAUAUCAGUAUGUGAGGAGGAGGAAAUGAAGGGAACUUACAUGUCUGCUUUCUCUAACCAAAACCCAGCAGUAAAAUACAUUACGCAAUAUAAUAACUACUAAAAGUAAUUAUGCUGAGCAAAUCAGCUUCCCUGCUGGGAUCCCAAAGGACCUCCCAAUGAGGAGGCUGACAAAAUAUUUAUAUUGAGCCAUAGAGGACCUGUGGGAAGCAGCUUCCCCAUUUUCCCCAUUCACUCAGUUCUUCUUCUGCAUUAUAUUUUAGUAUUACACUUGCUGCAUCAUUUGUUGGUUAAUAGGUCCCCUUUCAGUUUUUCUUCAUUCCACCAAAAUACAUUUCACUGCAGCUUUUGUUUUGGCAUCCUUCCGAUUUAGAUUCAAAGUCCUCGCUGAAACCAGGAGUAGAUUCUAACGGGACAGUAGCUUUCUUUCAAUGUACAAACUUGUAGAUGAAACAUCUGCAGGGUUUGAAUCCACAUUGACAGGGACUGUCAAAAGAUUUAACUCACUGUUAAUACUGCCACACUGGAUCUAUUGUGACAGUGCUUGCUAUUAUUACUUCAGCAACUUUAUUCUUUAUAUUUGAUGAACUCUUUCAAUUCCACUGCAUCAGAUCAACAAGCCCCUUGCUGUGCAAUGCCCUUUUUAUGCCUCUGUUUUCAUUUGGAGGGAAUUUGAUAAAGUUGGCUACUAGCAUCUUUUCGCAUUGCACUUGGGCAAUGUUCAAAAUAAAUAAAUUGGGAUGCGAUCAGAAUUGUAACCUCUAGCACUUAUUUGUCUAAAUGCACUAGCACAACAAGUCACAUUAUAAGAUAGUAUAGUCCCAGUGACAUUGUUGUGUUAAUAGUCUGGUUAUUUUUUAUUUGAUUGGAUUGCAUGAGAGUUUCUGUGGAUUUCUGUGCAGUGUGUCAUUAGAAAAUUCAUACACAAUAAUGUAUUUCCAUAGGUACACAGAAGCAGAUGAGCACAAAAUUCAGCACUGUUUCUGUUAUACAUCAACAGUAUUAACCAGCACACUGGCAUUCCAGAAGGAACAAAAGCUCAAGUUUGAAUGCCAGGCACUGCUCCAAGUUGCCAAAAACCUCUUUACACACUUAGAUGACGUGUCGGUCCUACUGCAGGAGAUCAUUAUAGAAGCCAGAAACCUCAGCAAUGCAGAAAUCUGCUCUGUGUUCCUGUUGGACAGAAUGAACCAUGAGCUGGUGGCCAAAGUUUUUGAUGGUGGUGUUGUGAAUGAUGAUGAGAAUGAGUUUCGGAUCCCAGCUGAUCAAGGUAUUGCUGGUCACGUAGCAACCACAGGAAAGAUCUUGAACAUCAAGGAUGCCUAUUCCCAUCCUCUGUUUUACCGAGGCGUGGAUGACAGUACUGGCUUCCGGACAAGGAACAUUCUUUGCUUCCCCAUCAAAGAUGAGAAUAAUGAGGUGAUUGGUGUAGCUGAACUGGUCAAUAAGAUUAAUGGCCCCGGGUUCAAUAGGUUUGAUGAAGAUUUGGCCACGGCGUUCUCAAUCUACUGUGGAAUCAGUAUUGCUCACUCUCUGCUGUAUAAGAAAGUCCAUGAAGCUCAGUUUAGAAGUCACCUGGCCAAUGAAAUGAUGAUGUAUCAUAUGAAGGUAUCAGAGGAAGAGAUGACCAAGCUUCUGACAUUUGGAAUCCAACCUGUGAAUGAGAUUCAUCCAAGCUUUGCCUAUUUCACCUACACGCCUCGCUCCUUGCCAGAUGAUGACACUCCUAUGGCUAUUCUAAGCAUGUUUGAGGACAUGGGCUUUAUUAACACUUAUAAGAUAGACAUUAAAACAUUGGCAAGGUUCUGUCUCAUGGUAAAGAAGGGAUACAGGGAUCCACCCUAUCACAACUGGAUGCACGCAUUCUCUGUCUCUCAUUUCUGUUAUCUCCUGAACCAGAAUCUGGAACUCUCCAAGUAUCUUGAGGACAUUGAGAUAUUUGCUCUUUUUGUAUCGUGUAUGUGCCAUGACUUGGACCACCGAGGAACCAACAAUUCCUUCCAAGUGGAUUCGCAAUCUGUGCUGGCUGCCCUAUACAGCUCAGAAGGAUCAGUGAUGGAGAGACACCACUUUGCCCAGGCAAUAGCCAUUCUAAACACUCAUGGAUGUAACAUCUUUGAGCAGUUCUCCAGAAAGGAUUACCAAAGGAUGCUGGAUCUGAUGAGAGAUAUUAUAUUGGCAACUGACUUGGCUCAUCAUUUACGUAUCUUCAAAGACCUUCAGAAAAUGGCAGAUGUGGGCUAUGACCCAAAGAACAAGCAUCACCACAGUCUGAUCCUCUGCCUGCUCAUGACCUCAUGUGACCUGUCAGACCAGACCAAAGGAUGGAAAACCACCACUAAGAUUGCUGAACUUAUUUACAAGGAAUUCUUUUCCCAGGGCGAUCUGGAGAAAGCCAUGGGCAAUAGACCCAGUGAAAUGAUGGACAGAGAGAAAGCCUACAUCCCAGAGCUUCAGAUUAGCUUCAUGGAGCACAUUGCCAUGCCCAUCUACAAGCUGCUUCAAGAACUUUUCCCGAAAUCAGCAGAGCUUUAUGGGAGAGUUUCCGCCAAUCGGGAACACUGGACCAAGGUCUCUCACAAAUUUACAAUCCGAGGGUUGCCUAGCAACAACUCCCUUGAUUUCCUGGAUGAGGAGUAUGACCAACUAGAAGAGCAGGCAGAAGAAAGUCUGAAGAUGAAUGGUUGCUUAGAAACAAAAGGAACCAGGGAAACCAUUGAACAAUAAGGUGUUUAAACAAAUAUAAAACAUUACUUCUGAAGUUCAAGUAACUACAUUUUAUAGAAGAAACUACAAUUUUUAGUAACACCUCAUUUAAAGCAGGGAUUACCUGUUAUCACCAUGGAAGCGCUUGGGUAAUAACCAGGAACAUCUCAAUGUGGGAACCUUUGAGACCACAACAAAGCAAAGACUUCUUCUCAAAUCAGCUGCUAUAUUUUGAGCAUUUCGUUUUAGUUAUUCAGCAGUUGUUUUAAAAGUCAGAAAUUGUUACUUCUUUAAAAAUAUAUUUUUUGGGGUAGUUUUUACCACAUGAAAUACCAAGCAGCCACUAAUACAACUAAAGUAUCAGACUGUGUUUUCCAGUAAUAGCAGUGGCUACUUGUCACAGGAUUCUCCCCCUCUUAUUCUAUAUUACUGUAUUGUGUGUAUUAAACUGGCUUUGGAUAAAACGCUGUGCCUGGAGGGAAUAUUAAGGGCCCCUUCAAAGCAUAGUGGAUACAUUUGCCAGUAUGCUGGCAGUGAAAUAUGGUCAGUAUUGCUGGGUUCAGUAAUGUUUGUCAACCUCUACAUUUUUUGUAUUGUUAUGUUUUUAUUAUUAUUUAUUGCUUUUUUUUGUGAAACCACUAAAAAGAGAAGAUUGUUAACCAUAUAUCCUACAUUGAUGCACACUGGGGCGUUUGUAGUCAGUAAGAGAUGUGGUGUGGAUGGGGACUGACUACAGUUUGUUUUUCAUAUAUGUUUGUCAAAGUGUGAACAAUUACACUUUUAAAAUAACCCUUUAAAAUACACUGCAAGUGUGUAUGUUAUUAUUGUACUGUACCAGUCCACCCACUGCACAACAUUUUACAAAGUGGAUAUUUUACAUGGUUGAAUAAAAACCUGUGGCGUAUGUAAGUGACAAAGAAUGUAUGGACUACAAAAGACCUUUUAUGUGUUGAUGUCUGUAAAUAUUUUAUCAGCAGGUGAUAAAUAAGGGCUGUUGCUCUUAAGGCAUUGUGGCUAAUUGGAACACAGACAGAAUGUGUAUAUUAUUGAUUUGCCUUACCUUUUCUGCGUUGCCU